AAACAGAACUAACUGUUUCCCAUACCGGUACGUCUCCCUUUGAUAUUAAGAUACAGUCUACCGUGCCGGUAUAAUGCCCUGCAAUCUUGACUUCGGUUGUGGGCAUGAUCCUUUCACAAAUAAUAGAAUCGAAUCAGACCUAUUGUCUGUGCAGUUGACGUUGGCAUCUGGGUAUACCGGUAGACUCCGCAGUCUUGAAUAAUAUCCUGAUAGUCCCACCAUUUGCAUCUCUGUCCACAAGAGAACUUCGGUUUCAGGAGCUCCCCACCGUUGAUGUUAGUGCUGAAUGCUGUGAAAGAAUAGUUGAAUUGACCAGACUGUCUAGUUCCUGCUCACUGCAGAAGAUACUGUAGUCCUGCUUGGGUAGGUCUCUCACACCGCUUCAGCUACAGUAUGCCUUUGUACGUCACCAAAGGAUACCUCUGCCAUGAAAGUGGUUCUAGCAAAUUUGAAGGUUGCUUGUCCUGAAUGGCCCACUGAAGAUAUUCCAUGAGAUGGAACAAUUUCAUGGCACCAGGUACUGAUAUCACUUUCCUUGCUGGAGGCACGAAGAUAGACUACUACUAGUAAACUGAUGUUUAGUACUUUGGAUAGGCUGAUGGUGUUGAAUGCAGCGGUGGAGUUUUGCGGGCAAAUGCUUUGCCAUCAUUCAGGAAAUAUCUUAUAAACAAGGUAAGAGGGUAGGGCUACCUGAUAUCACCACUGGAGGGUGUAAUCUUCGCCAGGUUGUGGUUCCCGAGCUAAAAGCAGCCGCAACAACAUCCAACCAGCUAGCACAUCCCACUUCUCGUGCAAGCAAAAGCAAAACGAUAGAGCUAUCCCAUCGUCCGCGCCUUUGUGCUGGUAUCGUAUCGUCGAAACAGAGGUCUCAACAAGUUUGCGAACAAUCAGAGCAGCAGUUGUUAAGAAGAAGCAUUCCUCGACAAACAGAAGGAAAGAAACCAUGAUGUUCUCGUCUCAACUGAUCGUUCAAUUCUUGGCUUUCACAGCCCUUACCACCAGCGUUACUUCGGAAUUCUUCGUCAAGGAGAAAGAUGUAGUCAAGGGCAUGGAUCCCAGUUGUCCUACCGUAAGGCACUACACAGCUGCGUACCACGAGGACAAUGCCUGUGAUCGAGCCCGGCAGAACCUCUACAAGGAAUCCUUGAACCGCGUAUCUAUCUACCACAGACUGAAUGAAGGCGGAACCAACACGGUCCCCUCCAAGCGUACCAGCUUCUGCCCUCAGGUUGUUUCGCCCAUGACCAACUCUGAGGCUCAAACUGGCUUUGACACUGUCUGGCUGCUGGAGAACACUGCCUCGACUCCCGUGGUGGUCGGGUACAUGAUGGCCCAGGCUGACGGAACCUUUAAAGAAGUCAGUGCUUUCAACAACAAGAUCUCUCCUCCCAACCACGAUCCACAAGCUAUCUUGGCUACUGGUGCGUGGAAGUCUCUGCAGACUUACGAAGGACACGUCUUUCAUAUUCGCGAAAUCAACAAAGAUGGCUCAAUGGGUAUUGUGUUGAUGCAACACCGUGUCGGUCUUGUGGGCGUCAAGAACAAGUAUGGGCAUCAACUGCAAUGUGAUCCCAACGAACCAGAUGAGGAACCCGUGGUCGAAGUGGCUCCUGGAAAGACCGACCGCGACCCCAACUACGCCCGAGAAGCCCCUCGUGCCAUGCGUCCCUGCAAUACCUUGGAUAUCGGAUUCCGCAAUGAAGUGGGUUGCCCACUCAACGCGUACUACACGGGAAUGUAUUCCCUCAAGGGGGCUGCCAAGCCUCGUGGAAAUCUGCGAAUUGGAGACUAUUCCAACGGAGAAGGACACACAGGCAAAUCGUGCCAUGAAGUCUUCAAAUUUCACCUUGGACUCCAUGAGAAGACUCAACAAAACUUCAUGUUCGACUGGAACAGUAAGACGAAAUACGAGGCAACCUAUGUGGGCCACAACUUUGUCUUCCGCUUGGCCAAAGAUGAACGUAUCGUGGUGGAUUCCAUCUCCCUGCACCCCACACGAGUCAUUGACUGCCCUGGACUCAAGAACCAAAUCAACGUUGCCAGCAUGGCAGAGGCAGAGGCCAUCAUCUCCCCUAUUGGUCUCCGGAACCGUGAUGACAUGCUGGUCUCGCAAAUGAUGGUCAAGAACUUGAACACCACAGAAACCAUGAAUGCCACCGAAUGGGUUCAAGAACAAGCCGCACAAGCCGCAACUCCUGUUGACAGCCGUCGUCGCCGUCGGGCUCGUGUUACUACCGGUGCCUAUGCAAGCUCGGUCUAAGUGCAUAGGAGCGGCAGCACCUUCGGUAGUAGCUACACAUGGGGGCUCAGGAGAUUCGAGCAACACGACCCCCCCCCCCCCAAAAAAAAGAAACAAAUCACAAACAAACAAAAAUUCAGCGAGAAACUUCAUGCUUAGUAUAGGGCCGGUUCAGUUUUGCCUGUCUCGAUUCGUUUCCGUCGUCUGGCAAACGAAACCAGCAAACGAACUGUAAUAGACACAAAAACAUACCUUUACAGAGAGGCCGGGGUUUUGCUAGUAUACUAAUAGUAGUUAGUCACUAGCCGGCUAGCUAUUGCUGCAAAGGUUGGUUGCGAAACGUAUUGGUUACGUUUGAGGAUAGUUCGAGUGGAUCCAGCAAGACACACUACCAGUACCUGGUACUGGGAGGAGCAGGAAAACGCAUUACACAGCUACAACACCACUACAUCAUUGUUACUUGAUACUAGUAUCUCUUAUUCUUUCUACAAGGGUAUUCAACAGCUA